AUGUCUGUUUUAUUAGAAACACUGGUGAAAAAAACUGAAGAAAAACCAACAAAGCUUAAACAUGAAACAUAUGAGAAACAACUAAAAGAACAGAGAGAAGUAGAAACCCCGGUGGAAAAGCGAGAAAAAGAACCAACAGAACCAAAGAAAGUCAAAACUAAAGCAAGAAAGAAGGAAGACAUUCUGGUACCUGCCAAAUUAAUCACUGAAAAGCAAGCAAAAAAUGUAACAGAUGAGAAACCUACAAGAAAGAAGCACAGAGCUGCUGAAGAGAAAACAACAACAGAUAAAGUCAAAGAACUAGAAGAGAUCACACCUGAAGAAGAAGGUGCUCUACAGUACAUCCAGAGUGUAUUCUAUGAUGGAAUGAGUGCAGUUAAUCAAUUUACAGAAGAUACUCUUAAUUACUCUCAGAAUCUGUUCUACGAUGGACUUGAUACAGUGUAUGAUUUCAAAGAAGAUUCUGUUGAUUACUUCCAGAGUGGGAUUAACACAGUGACUGAAUUUGGAGAAGGUGCUUUCGAGUAUACCCAAGGUGUCUUCUAUGAUGGCUUUGAUACAGUUAAUCAGAAAAAAGAAGAUAUACUUCAAUACCUCCAGGGCCAUUUCUAUGAAGGGCUCAAUAGAAUUACUGAGUUUGGAGAAGGUCUCGUUGACUAUGCACAGAGUUUCCUCAAUGGCAGCUUAAAUAGACUUAAUCAGUUCCGAAAAGACCUUGUUGAAUACUUCAGCAGUCUCUUCAAUGAUUGGGUUGAAAGAAGCACUCAUUUUGGAAAAGAUAUUGUUAUUUAUGUCCAGCAUGGCUUCAAUGAAGGGGUUAACAAGUUUAACAAGCUGAGAGAAGAUCUGUCCAGCUACAGUCAGGAACUGUUCUAUGAUUCAGUAAAUAAACUUAGUCAACUUGGAAAAGAUGCUCUUGAGUAUUUCCAGAAUCUUUUCUCCUCUGGAGUAGACAGAUUGUCUGAGUUCAAAGACGGUACUGUUAACUACUCCCAGAGACUCAUCUAUGAUGGACUCAAUGGACUUUCUGAGUUCAAAGAAUGUACUUUAAACUACUCACAGAACCUUUUCUAUGUUGGACUUAGUAAGCUUUCUGAGUUUAAAGAAGGAACUUUUAACUACUCAAAGGCUCUCCUCUAUAAUGGACUCAGUAGUCUUUCUGACAUUAAAGAAGGCACUAUUAACUAUUCCCAGAGUCUGCUAUAUGAUGGACUUAAUAGACUUUCUGAGUUUAAAGAAGGAACUGUUAACUAUUCCCAGAGUCUCUUAUAUGAUGGACUCAAUAGACUUUCUGAGUUUAAAGAAGGAACUGUUAACUAUUCCCAAAGUCUCUUAUAUGAUGGACUCAAUAGACUUUCUGAGUUUAAAGAAGGGACUGUUAACUAUUCCCAAAGUCUCUUAUAUGAUGGACUCAAUAGACUUUCUGAGUUUAAAGAAGGAACUGUUAACUAUUCCCAGAGUCUAAUCUAUGAUGGAUUCAACAAAGUUUAUGAGUUCAAAGAAGGAACUGUAAACUACUUGCAGAGUCUGUUCUAUGGUGGACUCAAUAGACUUUCUGAAUUAAAAGAAGGCCUUCUAGAAUACUUACAAGACCCUUUCUUUGAUGGACUUAAUGGGCUUAAGAAGUCUGGAGAAGGUCUCCUUGAAUACCUGCAGAGUCUCUUUUUUGAUGGCAUUAAUGGACUUAAGCAGUCAAGCGAAGAUCUUCUUAGCUACUUCCAAAGCCUUAUCAAUGAUGGACUUUCGUUCUUCACCUCGGCCAACAGUCAGGAGCAAUACUCUAGCCAUUCCGAGGCUGAUGAGAUGAAGACUGGAACAGUGGAAAACUAAAAAACAUACCAGAUAUAUAUUCUUGGAAUCUUUUAUAAAGGACUGUAGUCUUUACAGUCUGUGUCCUAGUAACAGGUCACUAGACAGAGAAAGAAUUUUACAGUUCUAAGUAUCAUGAGAAGAAGAAAGGAGAAUGACAUAUAGGAGGAAUGUGUCAUGAUAAGAGCACAUGGUCCUUCAUUUUGUAACAAUGUAAGAGCCUAGGAAUGACUGCAAACUGCAAAACAAAGCACGUUCAUGUCUCAUUGCAUUUACUGCUUUGUCACCAGUUAGCACAAGGAAAACCCUAAUGUUGACACUCAAUAUGUUUGUUACAUUCACCUUAACAUUUCAAGUUAUUGUGCUAAUAGCAGUGACAGGCAAUUAAUUUUUACUUUUCUAGGCAAACUACAUUAUGGAUUUUCUUGAAACAGACGCUUGUUUAUAAUAAGAGCUGUACCGCUGCAGUUUCAAGUUUACAGAGUAAUAAAAUGUGGCGGUUAGCAAUGACUAAAUGGUGCUAAGCUGUUGAACAGUUAUUAGCCCAUUAAUACAUGACAUCAGCGACUCAUAUCUUUAAUUAAUACCUCUGGGCACAUGUCUUAAAGGCCCCUCUUGAAAUAUUUAUAAUGUCUAUACCAGGCAAAUUAUGAUAUUAUACUAUAUUAUAUUAUAUUAAACAAUGUAAAAUGCUCAAGGGAUUCACUGGCAAAGAGUGACCAAUAAUGUAUUUAUCGAUACUUGGACAGUGGAUAGGAGCUAAAACAAUUCUUGUACUGGAAUAAAUAGACAUUUGCAUAGUGCAUACAUAUAAUAAUGCUCCUACAUAUGAUUUCCUGUCUAUAUAAGUCCACUACAGUUGGACUAUUAUAUUUUACAUUUGUUGCUAGGGUGUAUGAAUCUCUUUUAGACAAGCACUACAUGUAAUUAUUAUAUAGGUGCAUACGGAUGCAACACCCCAUGUCCUUAAACAAAGGCUUGGUAAAGUAGACAGAUAUAAAAAAGAAAAAUUGACAAGAGGCUGGCGUCAUGCUGCUGAAGAUGUUCUAUAACUUUUGUUAUAUUUUGCCUUAACUAGGCUAAUUUAAAUAUUUUGGUUGUGGAUUUUUGCAUUUGCUUCAGUAGAUUGGUUUCAGUCAGCAAUAAUUAACAAGCUAUAUUGUACAUAAAAAUUGGCAAAAUGCUUCUUGUAAAGUAUCAUGUUUGCUAUUGAAGACUUUAUAUGUGAUGGUGGUGAUGACUUUUUAUGGGUAGUGCUUACUAUACAGAGACUAGAUAAGCACAGAUAUUCUCUAAACAAAUCUUCAGAGUCACUUACCACCACAUUUCCACAUUGUGUUUUAUGAUUGUGUAACUGAGAAUUGUGCUGCUGUGAAUGUAAAGCAAAAUGCUGCUUUGUGGGUUGCCUUUUAUUGGAUAUUUAAUGCCUCAAGCAUAAUGACUACGUAAGCCUUUUUACAACAUAACAGUGUUUUUCAAUGCUAAAAUAACUUGCAGUACAUAUUAAACACUGGCACUAAACUUAACAGUGUUUAUCCAUCCAAAGCAAAGGUACAAUGAAACAAAAGUAGGCAAGAAUAAUAUGCAUUAUAGUGGAUAAUCUCAUUGAUGAUUCCAAGACUUGAUGACUUAUAUGAACAUAAUUUCUCUAGUGAUUAAAUGCAGUCAGGAAAACAUUGUGCUCAUUGGUGCAUGUGUCUGCAGCUCCGGCACUAGUAUAAAUAUGUUGGUUGAGAGCUGUAGAGAUGUGUAGAAUAGCAGUGUCACCAGCUGGGCCACAGUGAGUGAAAGUGACUGAAUAUGCAUUCAUGUAAGUUAAUCUGUUUCCAGACAGCUGCUCCUAUUCCUUCUCUUUGACUGCGUCCCAGCAGAGUAAAGUGGGUACCCUCCAGAGUUCUUCCUCUAUGCCAUUGUCUAAGGUUUGCUCUCAUCCCAAUACAAUUAACAUCCUAGCAGACUGGUUCUAAUUAUGAAUGUAAUACUAAAUUUGCUUCCAAAAUCAAUCAGCUGUAUGACAGUGAAAUGUGAAGAUGUCUGCAUAUUGUUGUACAGUUCACAGACAACAUGGCAUGACAAAUUGAAAGUCUUUGCAUAGAAUAUGACUGACUUUAGUGUGUUAAGAUUCAGAAUAAGAACACUUCUACCUAAAUGGAAAUGCUUUGUUAUAGGCAGUGUGGGAUAUCAUUUGCUCCUUCACCAAUUAAAUAGUGCUGUCGGGGACCCCAGCAGUGAGAUUCCUCACUCCCUAAUUUUGUCAGAGUUUUUAGGACCAACUGGCUUAAAUGAGUUCUCCAUACGCUAACAUGGGGAGGGUGCAUGGCACAGAAAUGCUUUAACAUUUUUCCUCUAGUAGAUUCCUCUAAGGAAAAAAUUGUAAAUUCCCAUAGGUCACUGAUAACAGUAGAGCUGUGUUGGUAAGGACUCUCCCCGCUCGGAUCCCACAAUAAGUACUCAUCAAAGAUUCAAGCCCUGCCCUACCGAUUGGGGUAGUGUUACUUUUUAAUCAAGAGCAAUACUCAGCUCACGACACAUGUGAAUGUAUUUAUGUUUUUAUGUUAACAUAAUUUUACAUGAAACGGAUGGAUUGAACAGUAUGUGAAGCUAGUACAUGAUAUUUUUUAUUGUACUUACAUGGAAAGUGGUCUGUAGCUUUAUCUGUUUUAGAAACAAUUUACAGAAGCAAAUCUGUUUAGUAACAUUGAUUAACUGACUGUAACAUAAAUUGCAAACUUUAUUGCACACUGUACAUUAACUGAAAGUUUAUUUUUGAUUCAAUAUAAUUAUGAUCUUUGAGAACAUAAGUUUUCUGACUCUGGAUUCAACUAUGAUACAAAAAUCCAAAAUAAUACUGUAGAAAAUAGUAUCCUAACUCAUUACAAUCAUUACAGUCUUAACCAGCUCACAAUGUAAGCACAGUGUAUGAAAUUAAUCCUACUCAGAAGUAUGUCCAGGGUUGUCAAAUGAUCGUAUGUGAUGCAAUAUUUUCAGACCCUGAGCUGUUGGGUUCUCAUAACAAUAACAUACAGCCAGUAUGGAUAACAAUAUAAAGGUUUACGAUAAUUGGUUUGGUUGUCCAGAAAAAUGGCAUUCUGCCAUUUAACAUCCCUGCAAAUUAUUGAGUAUCACUUCCUUAGCUUGGAUAUCUCUCGUAUGGUGUAAAAAGUGAUAAACAAUACUGUCUGAUAUGGAUUAUUGUUAAGAAAGCAUAAGUAAGUCUACAAAAGAUUUAUAGAGAUGUGUGAAGAAAGUGACACAAUUUGACAGCUCACUUUUACUGCUAUGUGGUACGCUGUCAGUUUGAUGAGAGCUGAGUUGCUCAUAAGAAACCAGUAACAAUAGAAACAUUGGUGGAGCUCCCGCAUAUGUGAAAAGUGCAAUGUAUUUAUUGCUUAUGAAGUCUGCCUAUAACCCCUAUAUAAUCUUCCAUCAUAAUCGUAUUUAUUGACAUUUUCCACAUUGUCCCCUUCCAGAAAAAGUAUCUUUAAUAAGAUGGCUGCAAAGAUUGCUGUACAUUUUUCUCUGUUAAACUGAUAUGUCAAAAGAAAUCUCGUAGGCUUUCUCACUUCAAAUCCAUGCAAAUUAUGCUGGGAGUUGCAGUGUAUUUUCCAUGAUGUAUUACUCUUCUUCAUCCUGACUGUCAUUUCAUUUGGAGAUGUUUUUGUGAGGCAUGUUUACAAAGUGUAGUCUUAAAAGAAACUGCUGCUGUAAUUUUUGAUUCAUAAAAUAUUUUAUUUCUUGCCAAAGUAGUGUGCAACUGGGAAAUGAAAAUAAACUUCUUUUUGAGCACUAGAAAAA